AUGGAGCUCAAGCUCCUCGGAUUAGCGAAUCAAAUCUCGAAUCUCAAAGAUCACCACUUACGCCCUCACGCGGGUACGGUAGCGAUGAUUGAGCGGCAGAUGUCCAAAGCACCUGUGACGACGAGUUCACGGACUCUUUCUACUGGAUGUCCCAUCUGCACAAGAAAAUUGGUCUCAGCCAUAUCAUUCUCUUCUGAUAAUUGUAUGCUAUACGAAGUGAUUGCUGCACGCAAAGAGAUACUGGAUAAUCGGAUCGAACAACUUGCGGAAUAUCUCACAGAUAUGGCGGAGAAUAAAACUGUCGAAGAGUUAGCCUUGGAAGUCAAGGCAGCAUACAUUGACAUGCUGAACACAGAAGGCAGAGCUAUAAAUGGUCUACGUUCCGAUCGAUCAUCUGAUCCGGAGAACAACUACAAAUGGACGUAUGCAAGCAGCUUUUUCUUCGCGAUGAACGUCUACACAACAACUGGUUACGGAUCAAUCGCUCCUGAGACCCGUGCCGGUCAGUGGUUCGUCAUAAUCUAUGGUUUCAUAUUCGUGCCGGUCACGCUGGUGGUGGUCCGUGACCUCGGCCAAUGGCUACUCUUGGUUAUUACGAGAUUUUAUGCCAAGAUGCUGUUGAAGUACAGACGCUCCACUGGAAGAAAGUCGGACAAUACUAACGAAGUGAUACGAUUGCCAAUAUUUAUCAGUUGCCUUAUAAUGAUCGGUUUCAUUGGUUUCUGUACGGUGUUUGUCUACUAUUUGGACGCGUUUUCUGGACCACCUGGCACUGGCAUUGACUGGUUUCAUUCGCUCUACUUCUCCUACAUGUCAUUCACAACCAUUGGUCUCGGUGAUGUCAUGCCUAACAAUGCCACGCUGUUGCUCAAACUAUUCGUACUGUACCAAGAAUUUCCACAGCAGUUAGCACAGAAUAUGCGCAUUCCAAGGCUUGCGUACAAUCAACGUCCAUAA